CGGGAGGAGCCGUGACAGCCUUGGUAGAAGCCUGAGCUGCGGGUUCCUGGUGAGUGAUAGAGCAAGGGAGUGAGUGGGCUGAGCUGAGCCAAACUGAGAGGAGCCCAGGCAAUCAAUCGCAACGUUUCCUUUCUACCAGGCGCGCUGUGAGGUUGGGGAAGCUGCCGCAGAGCCUGCCUCCGGCCCUACAGCCUUACAACCCACCAGCCCAGCUCUUUCUCUUGCUCUAUUUUCCCAGACUCGCCAUGCUAAUCCCUGGCCGAGAGCUUCAGUGCUGUCCAGCGUUUCCCAGCAUGCGCCCCCGCUGAGAAGACCGCUCCCCGCGCCCUUGAGCGCCAAGGGCCCCCUACCUUACUCCCCCUUUCCCUCACCCUUCCCUUCCCUACCCACCCUUUCGGGCCUUGCGAGCCCAACCUCCCGGUGAGUUGGGGUGCAGCCCCGGGGGACCAGGAUGGUGCAGAAAUCUCGCAAUGGGGGAGUCUAUCCGGGGCCCAGCGGAGAGAAGAAACUCAAGGUGGGCUUCGUUGGGCUGGACCCCGGGGCCCCCGACUCCACCCGGGAUGGAGCGCUGCUUAUCGCUGGCUCGGAGAGCAGUAAACGCGGCAGCAUCCUCAGCAAGCCCCGCUCGGGCGGCGCCGGCACUGGUAAACCCCCGAAGCGCAAUGCCUUUUACCGCAAGCUGCAGAAUUUCCUCUACAACGUGCUGGAGAGACCCCGCGGAUGGGCCUUCAUCUAUCAUGCCUAUGUUUUCUUGCUGGUUUUCUCCUGCCUGGUGCUGUCAGUCUUCUCCACCAUCAAGGAGUAUGAGAAGAGCUCAGAAGGUGCCCUGUACAUCCUGGAAAUCGUCACCAUCGUGGUUUUUGGGGUGGAAUACUUUGUGAGGAUCUGGGCUGCUGGCUGCUGCUGUCGCUACCGGGGCUGGAGGGGAAGACUGAAGUUUGCUCGAAAACCCUUCUGUGUCAUUGACAUCAUGGUGCUGAUAGCCUCGAUUGCUGUGUUGGCUGCGGGAUCCCAGGGCAAUGUGUUCGCCACUUCAGCCCUUCGGAGUUUGAGAUUCUUACAGAUUUUGAGGAUGAUUCGAAUGGAUCGGAGAGGAGGCACCUGGAAACUCCUUGGUUCGGUGGUAUAUGCCCAUAGCAAGGAGCUGGUCACUGCCUGGUAUAUUGGUUUCCUUUGUCUCAUUCUGGCCUCCUUCUUGGUGUACCUGGCAGAGAAAGGCGAGAAUGAUCACUUUGACACCUAUGCAGAUGCACUUUGGUGGGGCCUGAUUACGUUGACUACCAUUGGGUAUGGUGAUAAGUAUCCCCAGACUUGGAAUGGACGGCUGUUGGCUGCUACUUUCACCCUCAUUGGAGUCUCGUUCUUUGCUCUCCCUGCCGGAAUUUUAGGUUCAGGGUUUGCUCUGAAGGUCCAAGAACAGCAUCGCCAGAAGCAUUUUGAGAAGAGACGAAAUCCUGCAGCCGGUCUGAUCCAGUCUGCUUGGAGAUUCUACGCCACCAACCUCUCUCGGACAGACCUCCAUUCAACCUGGCAAUAUUAUGAGCGCACAGUCACCGUUCCCAUGUACAGCUCGCAAACACAAACUUACGGGGCCUCCAGACUGAUUCCACCUCUCAAUCAACUGGAACUUCUUCGAAACCUCAAGAGCAAAUCUGGACUCACUUUCAGGAAAGAACCUCAGCCUGAGCCAUCACCAAGUAAAAGCAAACCGUGCAAAGAGUCUCUGUGUGGAUGCUGCUCUGGAAACUCUAGUCAGAAGGUCAGUUUGAAAGAUCGUGUCUUCUCCAGUCCCCGAGGCGUUGGUGCCAAGGGGAAAAGUUCUCCGCAGGCCCAGACUGUCCGGAGGUCCCCCAGCGCAGACCAGAGCAUCGAGGACAGCCCAAGCAAAGUGCCCAAGAGCUGGAGUUUUGGGGAUCGAAACCGAGCUCGACAAGCAUUCCGCAUCAAAGGCGCGGCAUCCCGGCAGAACUCAGAAGAAGCAAGUCUCCCAGGAGAAGACAUUGUGGAUGACAACAAAAGCUGCAACUGUGAGUUUGUGACAGAAGAUUUGACUCCAGGCCUGAAAGUCAGCAUCAGGGCAGUGUGUGUCAUGCGCUUCCUUGUUUCCAAACGGAAGUUCAAGGAGAGCCUGAGGCCCUAUGACGUGAUGGAUGUCAUUGAACAGUACUCAGCUGGACAUCUGGAUAUGUUAUCCCGGAUUAAAAACCUUCAAUCCAGGAUAGAUAUGAUUGUGGGUCCCCCACCCCCUUCAACUCCCCGGCAUAAGAAGUACCCAACUAAAGGACCCAAAGAAUCGCCCCAAUACUCGCCUAGAGUGGACCAGAUUGUUGGACGUGGACCAGCAAUUACUGACAAGGACCGUACUAAGGGGCCAGCAGAAGGGGAACUACCUGAAGAUCCUAGCAUGAUGGGCCGGCUUGGGAAAGUGGAGAAACAGGUUCUCUCCAUGGAGAAGAAGUUGGACUUCCUGGUCAACAUUUACAUGCAGCGGAUGGGCAUUCCUCCAACAGAAACGGAAGCUUACUUUGGUUCUAAGGAACCAGAACCUGCCCCUCCUUAUCAUAGCCCAGAGGAGAGCCGGGAGCACAUUGACAAGAAUGGCUGUAUCAUCAAGAUCAUCCGCUCCACCAGCUCCAUGGGGCAAAAGAAUUUCUCUGCUCCUCCUGCACCGGCCAUGCCUUCUAACACAUGCCCUCCAUCCACUUCAUGGCAGCACCAAGCCUAUCAGCGACAGAGCCAUGGGUCCUCUCCAGUAGGAGAUAAUGGCUCUUUAGUCCGAAUCCCCCCUCCACCAUCCCAUGAGCGGUCCUUGUCUGCCUAUAGUGGGGGUAACCGGGCUAGCAUGGAGUUCCUCCGUAAUGAGGACAUGGCUGUCAAGCACCAUGAGAGUGCCUUGAGGGACAGCGACACCUCAAUCUCUAUCCCCUCAGUGGACCAUGAGGAACUGGAGCGUUCCUUCAGUGGCUUUAGCAUUUCUCAGUCCAAGGAGAACUUGGACAUGCUGAACAGUUGCUAUGCAGCCGUGGCCCCUUGUGCAAAAAUCAGACCCUACAUUGCAGAAGGGGAGUCAGACACUGAUUCUGACCUUUGCACACCCUGUGGCCCCCCACCACGGUCAGCCACUGGGGAGGGCCCCUUCAGUGACAUGGGCUGGUCAGGCCCUCGAAAAUGAGGCACUUGCUACCCAACCAGCUGAUGGUUCACAUUGUCCACAUAUUGAACUCUUUUCCAAGGGACUGACCACCAAGGAUUUGUGUUUCAGAAACUUGCUUAGCUCUGGGACACUCUCUAGUAGCUGUGUUGAGUGCAUAGGGAGGGGAGGGUUGGGGAGGGGGAUGAGGUUGGGACAGAGGCUGGCUCAGCAACGCUCUUCCUUGAAGAAGGGUCAGUGGGUAAUAUUAUCCAUAGGAGACUGGAUCAAUUUUCUCCUGUCUUUCUGGGUGCACUAUUUAAGGGAGGGGUGUGAAACUGUGUCUUGAUACAGGGUAGAUGAGUGGAGUUUCUUGGUAUCAGCCAAGCAAGGUUUUAUAAAAAGUCAUUUUUUGUUAUGAGGUAUUAAUUGUCCCAUGGGUAGAAGUUUAUUUAUUACCUCUGGGGUUCUCUGUGAUGACAAAGCGAAUACACAAUCCCCACUGUCUUGUACAACAAUUGUUGAUUUUUUUUUAUAGAAGUGGCAGACUUUUAAGUGGACUCAAAACUUUUAGUUCAACAUUCAUCAGUGGGAGAGUGAGGAUGAUGACAGUGGGGUAUGAGGGAACUAUGGAGGUGGCUCUAUAAGUGGAUUGGUUAUAGUUUUUGGAUCUUUGCUCUGAGAAUUCCCAAAGCUGAAAAAUGUUAGCAUUUUUAAAAAAAAUUGAGAGGAAAGGCCAAAUUGUGAGUCAGUGGUGAUCCAAGAGAGAUUUAAGAAUUUUUAAAAAUGCAAUUAGGAGUUACAUUUAAAACAUCUAUUACAUUAAAUUGGGUAACCUUUUUAGUCUUUCUGCUUCCAAACAGUACAGGCUUUUUAGGGUGUGACUGUAUUAGGUGGUUACUGAUUUGAAUUUUUCUCUGUGGAUCUUACUCAUGCUCUAUAGAGAGUUUGGCAGCAAAAGGGAGCAUGAGGAAAAAAAAAUGAAGAUAAGUGGAGAGGGUAAAAUUCGAAGCCUUAUUUUUUUAAAUGUUAACUCCCCAGAGAGUUGGGUUUUUAAUGUGGUGAGUGGUGAACAGUCAAAUGACUGACUAGCUUUACCACAGUCCCUUUAUGGACAUAUUCAUGGUUGUGCCUGAAAGUGUUUUCCUCUCACUGACCCACUAAAAAUGUUUGCUUCUCUGAUCCCAUAACUCAGAUUCCCUUCAACUCUCUUCCUUUGUGAAAUGUGUCCUUUCUUCACCAUCUUAAAGCAGGAAGGAAAUCUCCCUUCCUUCUUUUCUUGAGUACAAGUCUACCAAACUGCUAGUUGGCUUCUAUUUCCAUUUGACUCUUUAUUCUUGAAGCAGUAUUGCUGUCAUGAAUGCUGGACCUAUACAGGACCCCUGCCAUAAGCAGGAGCAUCACUUUCAUUGGGGACCAAAACAAAUCCACAAAGUGAUCCUUUUUGUCUUUUGAUAUCCACUGGACUCACUAGGGAAUGGGGAGGAGAUGGUAGACCAGACUUUCACAUAUAUGCUUUGAAUUGCCCUGGACCUAAUCCUUUCAUUUAAUUAAAGUGCUCUAUCCCUGGGAUCACAGGGUCUUCUUAAAGGCUAAAAUUAUAGGUACCUUUGUGCCCUCGUCUGGACUUUACAUUCUCCAGUCAUCUUUGCAGGGGCAUGCAGAUAAGGUAUCUGUAGGUAAGAGUCAGGAGAUUUAGAUUAAAAGGCCAUUUCAGUCCUGCUGGAAAUAAAAGUCCUUAUUCCUGCAAAGCCAUAUUCAACCCUUUGGGGAAGAUUUUCUCCCCAGAGACUGGCUUCAACUAUGCUGAUUUGGCAUAGAAACAAAAAGAAAAUGGUCAAGUUUGAACUUCGGCUCUAAUGCUUAUAAUAUGACUUAGGUAUGAGUGGACAUUUCUGAAUAUGGAAACAGUGCUCUCUGAGGAACAUCAGAAAAACUCAUGAUGUUUACAGCCAACUUCAUGUUUUGGUUUAUCCAUUUUAUCCAGUAGCCAUCCUUGUAAUUUAUUGGGAUAAUGUGUCUGAGCAACGAAACUAACUUGCAGAUAUUUGGAAAGUUUCUUCCACAUACUGCAUAGUAGGUCCCAAAGGACAGCAUCUUACUGAACUCAAGGGACAAUCUCUUUAUCAUUUGGCACAUUCUAUAAGGACAGUGGGCUGAUCUUGUCUUAUUCUGAUUCCUCUCAAUACUUAGAGAAGACUCCAUGUCAUUAGCUAGUGUGACAUGAUAAACAACACAGGAAACUCUUUAAAGGAUAGAAUGUCCUUAAUCCUCAUCCUUUCUCUCCUACUGAAAUAGAAUCUCCCUGAUUCUCCCCUUUACCUACCACAAAGUGAAGAAACUAUGUUGAAAAGCCAAUUCAAUGAAGUUCUUUCUGAAUUUCUUAUCUUGGACUGGAAAACAAAACAAAAUGCAGAUGAACAGAGGGAAGAUCAGCCUUUCUUCUGUUUAUCCUCUUUCUAUAUACAUAGGAAGGAACAUAGAUUCAUCAUUUCUUCCAUUUGUUUGGUAAAGGGCUAACCAGCUCAGGGUAUCUCUUUUGUGUCUGGUUCUACAAUAUGAAGUAGGGAUAUUUGGUACCUUGAUGCACCUAUGAUAUCAUUAAUGUGGGUACUCUCUCCAAUAAUACAGAUGACAACCACUCCUUGCCUGUUCAUCCUAUGCAAAUUUUGUCCAUGUCCCCCUAGAAACCUUUAUGGAAGGAAGAGUACCCACUGUACUGGAGGUCUUCCUCUAGAUCUCCUACUAACCAUGGUGUCACCAAGAGCUGGCCAAUUAGCCCUUGGAUUGGGCAUCAGUUCUUCCUCACUCUGUGUGACCAGCCCAUCUUCUUUGGUUUUCCCUUCAGUUAUACGUCUCUGGCAAUAUCUAAGUACAUGCCCUAUUUUAUGUUUCAUAAAUAUAAAGAUAAAAUAGAUGAAAGAGAAACAUGAAACCUAUUUUAAAUGUUGAAAAAAUUGCCUCAAGCCAAUAAAAGCCCUCCUUAUGGAUUUUCCUCAAUUUUGGUUAAUUAAAGACCAUCCAUAGCUGUCCUAAAUGUUGUAUUUGAGAAUGUCUCUUCUGGAGUUAAUGUUAAUGCCCCAUUUAAAGAGAAACUUUUAAAGAAAUAUUAUGUAGAAUUGAGUAUUUAUCAUAGGUUUUAUAUUCUCCUUUGAAUUGUGUGAGGAUAUAGUUUAGAAUGAAUGUGAUUGCUGAAGGACUGUGGUGCUUCAGGGCUAUAGAUUGGUUAACAUUGGGUUCAAUUAUCUUGUACCUUCAAUAGUCUCUCUUACCUUUAAGAAAGGCAAUGGAAUCUUGGGGUUUCACAAAAAUAACUUAAUUCCCCCAAGGCUUAGACUAUAGGAUAGUCCUGCUUUUGACUUAUCUGUGUGCCCAGUGGAACUGAUGGAAACUAAUUUCCUUUUCAGACAUUUUUCAGUAAAUAUACUAAAACUUAGACUUCUUUCUUUCAAAAUAUCUUUGUUAAAUCAGUCUUGAGUUGAACUAGAGUGCCCAUCCUGAUAAGGUUUCAUAAUAUUAGAGUAUAUAGUGCAUGUUCAUUUUUAUUUCUAAUUUUGGCUUCUUGCUUCUGGCAUAAAAGCAUGUCCUUUGAAAGCAAUUUCGAGGGAUGACUACAUUUCCCUUACUUUGGGAAGGUAUUAGGCAGAAAGGGAUAAUUGAGAAGAGUUCUUUCUGAAACAGCAAGUUUCAGCUUCUCUUGUUAAGUCUGCAUGCCUCACUUAUUUCCCUACACCCCAGGAAAAUGGCUAGAGCUUGAAUAACACCCUUUCAUUCAGUGAGUUGUUCCUGUUCACCAUUUCUUUUUUGCCAAGUGGAGCUGGCCUAACUACCUCUCCCAUACCUCUAUGACUGCUCUUUUCUUGGUUCUAUGGAACUAGAAGGUAAAUGGAGGUAUUCUGUUCUCUCUCCCUUCCCUAAUCUAUGUCCAAACAAAGCACAGCGCACAGCUGUAAGCCUUUCCCAUAAGCCAGCUGUGCCAGCUGAAGUUAUUCCAAUGAAAGGGAUAAUACUGGAAUGAGUUAUCCCAGGAAAUCAGGCUAAAGGGGAAUACUUUGGGGGAGAAACUUAACCUUUGCCACCAUUAGAAACUGUGAUCUUUGAGGGUCUGGACCAAAGACUAAAUUUUAUAUCAACCUAUGAAAUGUCAUAUUCUAUUCUACCAACUCAAGAACCCUCAAGGACCAAUGGCUACAUUUGCUAAUUAAAUUUAAUUUGAGAGGAUAUCAUGCUUGUCCACUCAUAGAGCCUUUUGGAGAACCCUUGACUUCAGUAAGCACAGGAUGGUUGCUUUCUCUGUAGCUUUAUCAUUUUUUAAGAAAAUUCUCUCUUGGAUCAAUUGUGACUUGCAUUGACAUUUUCCUACUCACAACCUUCCUUGUCAGAGCCACCAUGUGGAAGAAUCCUUAAAAUGAAGCAGGAGAUUUCCAUGCAAAUUAUUUAAAGCAAUUGGAAAGACUAUUUGUUCCCCAAACAUGACAUUUUCCUUAAUCAGCAAAAACUACCUGAGAACCAACAGCUUUCUUUGGAUCAUGACAAUUGGACUGGGGACAACCUUUCACAUUGGGAGUAGAAUAGAUGCACCAGACAGUGUAAAAUCAAUGAAAGCACUUUAGUUAGGGUAGAUGUAGUCUCACACUGGACUUUUUUGAAUGAUAAAACUGAUUUAUUUUUUUUCCAAAGCCUCAUAGGAGUAGUUUGGUCUCACUGAAAUUUAUAUUUAAGACCAGAGUACAUACAUCUUAGCCCUGUGACAAUUUAGGAUUUUUUCUAUAUUGUCUUAGGCUGGGCAUUGUUUCUCUAGGAGGCUUCAAAAUAUAAUUAGUAUAUAUAUAUAUAUAUAUAUGCAUAACUAUCUACCUGGGUGUGUAUCUGUAACCAACAUUUCAUUUGCACACUCUUGCUUGCCUUAGAUUGAUUGUCUCUAGCAAGAGAGAAACACUCAGUAUUUUGAACAAUAUAAAACAAGCUCAUAUUACAGCUCUUGACCAGAGUAAAUCACUUGCAGCUAGUUCCUAUUCAGUGAUCCAGGGAGAAGAAAAAAGUGUAUUGUACACAUCUGAAUGAUUUUUCCAGCCUAUCUCACUCUCAAUUUUGCCUGCUUAUGCAUGCCAUUGGAGAUGAGUAGCGAUAACAGCUUUUGGCACCUAUGUUUUCUUUUUCAAAAUGCUGUAGAUUUUUAAAAUGGUAAAUGAAAACACCAGGUUUAAAUCAUGCUUCCCCUAGUCAUGCAGAGCUCUGACAAUUCAAUGACUUUUUUCCUAAUAGGUAGCAUUGAAGCCACUAAUUUCAGAUGCAUGAACACACAAAUAUGGGUUUUAUUACAUGGAACAAAGCUUUUCUAGUAUGUGUUCAACUGAGAUAAUUGCUACCUAUACUUCAAUGAAUGAAGGGGGGGGAAUGAUUUUAUCUAAUUUUUAAUAAAAAUUCUAGUAAUUUUUAUCAAAUAAUUUUUAUCUAAUCACAUUUUAGCAGAUAGAGAAAUUAUGUCUAAAUGCCAAUUCAACUGUUUUCACCAAGGACAAAUCAAGGGGCUAUGCACUUAAAUUAUAGUAAGAGGGAACUGAGAUUAGACUGUCAUGGUUGGGAUACCCUGCAACAUUUUAGUAAGGGCAGGGUUUGAAGUCUCUUUGUUCAAGAAGUUUUUAAUGGUAUGGGUAUAGCUAUCUUUAUAGGGUGUUUUGGUACAAUGCUUGCUAGGGAAUACUGGUUGAUUGUGGUUAGGGAAAUGACUUAGGGUCCUCUCACGCCCCUGUGGCCCAGAAUGUUAUCUAGCAGCUCCUUUACUAAGCUUUAGCUACAUGGGCUAAAUUACUUCAAAGUUGCGUCUUGUCUUGGACUAGUCGUAAUUGCACUGAGCUCAGCAGUCAUCAUGUCUCCCGCAAAUACAUGAAAGUGUGUGUGUGGGGGAGCUGAGCUUCCAUUCCAGAUUCCAGUAUUGAAAUGGAUUCUUGUUUUCUCCUCACAAAUACCAAGCUUGGUUUUGUUUGAAUGUGACAUUGAGAAUGAAUAUGAGUGUGAGUGUGAGAGGUCUCUAGUAUAUGAAUACCUGUGUAUGUUUGGGUGAGUGUGUAUUUGUGUCUUAGUCAAUGAUUAUUUUUGUGUGUGUGUAGAGAUAAGUGAGAGAAUCAUAUCCAUAGUUCAAAAAGACAAUGAAGAAUUAUGCAAAACAAAACAAAAAAUUAAAGUGAUAGCUGUUUGCCUAUAUCAUGUCUUCAUGUUGCACCUUUGCCAUGGGAUGGAGGGAAGCAGCCUAUCCUACCCAGCAUCAUGCAAAGAUAUAUCCCUAAAACUUUGCUGGAGCCUAGACUUGCAUCAGGAUGUGAAUAAUGCAUGAGUGCUCUAAAAAAGCAUGUGAGCCUGAACAGAGAGGAUAAUUGAUGCUUUUGAAUCUCUAUCCUUGUGGUGACAUAUUUUAUUCUCACCAUUUAUUGUUCCCAGCACACAGUCCAGUCCCUGAGCUAGAAAGAGGAGGUUAGAGGCAGGUUUGUGGAAGAGCUGAUUUGUAGGGAAGUUCCCCAAAAACCAGAGCCAGAAUAAAAUAUUUCAAUGCCGUAGGCAAGGUUUGAAAAUUUUUCAGGUUGCUUGUAUUACUAUCCACCAGAGCCUUUGAGCUGUCACUCUAACACAAGUGACCUAUUACCAAAUAAAUACCUAUAAUCCACAGAGAACAGAAUUUUAUACAUGCAUUUAUAAAAGAAAAUAUAUUUAAAAGGGACUCUCUUUGUGCCUCCUGCAUGUUGCAUCCUAGGCAACUAUUUUCCUGCUUGUCCAUUGUCAGAAAGCAAUUUCAGAUCUUUGGAUUUCUCUGGCAAAUAGUGAUUAGAGCUGGUAUUUCUGUUCUCACCACAAAGUAGCACCUGUUGCAAUUGCCACUCAUGAUCAGUGAGUGAAAGACACUUUUAGGACAAUUUGUUUGGACUAUUAGAAUUUUCUUCUAGACUUCCAAUGCCCCAGUUUACCAUCCCCUAUGGAGGCCACAUGUUGGCUGUAGUGAGUCUUCUGUGGUAGAGAUGGAAUACUGCCAUCCUCUUGCCUGAGGACAGAACAGGGCCUGCCUUUUAUAACUUGUGAAUUUAUACAUCUUUGCUCUAUUCUGUUCUUUGUAUUUAUAUAUUUAAAGCCCACUCACCCACUUCUACCCUUGUAUAUAUAUGAAGCAAAGCAAGCAGAGAUUAAAAACUAAGUCAAAACCUAGGAGUUUCAAGUAUUUUAAAAACUACUUUUCCUGUUCAUUCCAGGAGGUUGUCCAUUUAUCUACUGAAUAGAUAUAUUAAUAUCAGGAAAAAUGGAUAGCGAAAAUAGCCAUUUGAGUGUCUGCUAAGUUCAGUGAGUCAAUAGUAGGACAUGUCAUACCUGUAAACAGGUGGCUCAAUCUUAGACUGUUUUAAGAAAGGCAGAGCAUCAUGAAUGAAGGAAGUGAUUUUUUUCUGCUUUUGACAUUUCAGUUCUGGUAUCAUAUUUUUGAAAAGGACAUUGAUAAGAUGAAAUGCAUUAGAGGAAGAUAAUGAGAGUAGUGAAUAGAUCCCAAACUAUUCCAUAUGAGCAUUAAUUGGAGGAAUUGUGGAUAUUUAAGCUAAGAAAGAGAAGACUUAAGAAAGGUAUGUUCUUUCCAAAUAGUUGAAGUAUAGUUGGAUGGAAGAAGGUUUGGAAUAAUUCUCUUUGGCUCCAGAGGGCAGAAUUAAAUGAAUUGGGUCACAGUUGUGAUUUUGAUCAUGUAAGAAAACUGGUUUGAUUAAAAAUUAGAUUUGAUAAAAAGUGGAAUGGGUUACAACUUAAGUGAGUUUCCCUUUUCUGGAGAUCUUCAAGUUGAAACUAGAUAACCACUUUUGGGGAAUGCUGUAGAGGAAUAUCUCCUUGGAUAUGGGCUGGACAAGGCUUCCUCUGAGGUCCCUUUUCAACGGUUUGUGAUUUCCUGAUUCUGUGACUACUGAACUGAUAUCUUCAUGCUGAAUAAGUCCCAUGCCAACUGAGUACAUCAGAAUGAAAGCUUUCUGUCUGCCCCGGUGCCAUAUCUUCCCAUUUAUCCUUGGUUGCUGGGAUCUUUCAUCCCCAUUCUGAGCAGAAUCUUUUGUAAGUAAAUAGUAAAUAUUUCUUACAUCUAUAAUCAUCCCCAAUUUCCCCUACAAAAACAUGCUUGGGGCUCAGAGCUUUUGAGUGAUGAACUAGUGUUCAUUUCAAAAUAGCAUUGCUUUAUCCUUCCUUCAUCAUUCUCCAAUUGGGGUGUGUGUGUGUGUGUGUGUGUGUGUGUGUGUGUGUAUGUAUGCAGACAGGCCUAAGCUGUUGGCUAAUUAAGAAUAUUGUGAUUUGAUCUGUGGUGAAUCAGAAGCUGUGUAGUAAUAUUAAACCACAUUGUAUACAGUAAUAUGACUCCUCUUAUGGAAAUAAAUGUCAGGGAUCAUGUAGCCGGAGUAUAAAAAUUUGAUUCUUCUGGGUCAGCCACAGGUUGUUGUGACAUACUGACCUUCUAAAUUUGGAAGCUCUGGCCAUGCACUAUUGUUCUAAGUUAGAGUCCAGCCUUUUGUUGAAGGCUGAAAAGUCUUUUUAAAAAUUCCAAUCUAUUUCUAGAUUUAGAACUGGGUUAAUAGGAGAGGAGUAAAGGGAGUACCUCAUUCAUUUCAAGUCCAUCCAUCCAUUCAGAUUAACAUCUAAAUCAAAGAGGAUGUAAUUCUCCAGCUUUACACACUUAAAUAAAGGUAAUAGAGUAUUAAAUUUUGUGAAAGAAUACAAUGAGUUGGGAUUCUAGGUCAUUCAGUGUUUUCUAUAAUAUGGAUAAAUGUGUGUCUGUGUGUUUGUAUGUGACUAGGUGCCAAAUGUCUUUAUACUGGAUGUGAGCUGGAUGUGUUUGUGCCUGUGUGAUUAAGUGUGCUAUAUGUAUAUGCAUCUGUGAAUGUGGAGCUGAAUACUGUAUAUGUGUGUGUAUGUGUGUGCAUUUGAGUAUGGGUACAACUGCUAAGUUUGGUUAUUUCCACAUGAUGUGUUUACCUCCAUAUUUGUGUACCCUGUGUAUACCAAAUAUAUUUGUAUAUGUCUGAUUGUAUUUAGUGAAUGUUUUUGUAUUUGUUUGACUAUGUAUGACUGAGUAGCAUGUUGGUGUGUGAUUACUGAGCAUGUGAUUUUGUCUGAAAGGGACUGUGAUGAGCAUGUUUUUGCAUGUCUAUGUGUGUUGAGUGGGAUUAAGUAUGACUGUGCUUUUGUAUCUCUGUACCACUAUGAGUGGUAAGAAUCAAGGUAGGACUCGUUUGCUGAAUAUGAGUUUGAAUCUACCUAGGACUGUAUGGUGACAAUGUAUGUAUGUUUGUAUUUUUUGAAUACAUGUGCCAACCCAAAUAUAAACUGACUGAGUGAGGAAGGAAAUUAUCAAUCUAACCCUUUUGUCAAGCUUCCUUCUUGUUCCCUCCACUGCCUCUGCAAAUCUAUUGACCCUUUUACAUGUCCUUUUUUUUUUUUAAACUAUCUGCCAGUCAAUCAACACAGGAUUGUUUCCUUAGGUCUCUAGUACAUAGUGUUUUGUGUGAAAUAUAAGAAAAAUGACAAUUUUUGCUUCUUGGUUCUUGAAUUUAUAGGCUAGUUGGGGAGACAGGACACAUGCCUGAGACAACUUAACGCUUUGAAAUAGCAUAUCAGCAAGUGCAUCUUACAGUCCUAAGAAAUAAAGCUGAGUAUGCUGAGGGGACCCAGGGAUCAGGAUGGGAUGGACAAAUUAGGGAAAAUAUUGAAGAGGUAGUUUUGAACUGGGUUUGGUAGGAGGUGGUUGACACAAAUUGGUCUUAUACAUUCUGUUUUCUCACCAUGAUAUAAGUGGUGAUUAAUCCCUACUAAUUCAAAGAUGCUUCGUUCUUGUCUUCUGAAUGAAGUUUUCCUGUGACAGCUUCUUGUGAAGUUGGAGCUAGUAUAGCUAGUCUUGGGAGGAAGGCACAGGAAACCAGACGGACAGAGCCUAAAUGAUCCAGAGUAGAUAAGAAUCAGUGGUCUCAAGGAUCUGAUCUGUAGUUUGGUUUAUUAAGUAUGUGCCAAAGAGAAUCACAUGAAAUAUACAGUGUAUUGAGAUAAUAAUCCCUUUUAAAAAAACAAUCACAAAAGGAGGGCAUAAAAGUAGGAUUGGAUAGAGAUUUCUCAGCAGGGCCCAAAGAUGCUUUCCCCUGCCCCAGCUUGGGGUUUGGUUUUGAUUCAGGGAGGGAACUUUGGGCUUGUCCAAUCCUGUCAGUGAAUGAGGAAUGCUACGGGAUCCCCACAAGGGGAGAAUUCGUCCUAUAAGAAAGACAUGCCACCUGAGGAAGUGUGCAUGCUAUGUAACAAAAAUCCCUCAGUCCUAGGGAGAAAAGAAAAUGUUUUAAAGUUGCCAAGUAUUUAUAUAUUUUUUAUUUUACAUACUUUCUUAUGGGGCUGUACAGACAUUUGGAAAAAGUUGCCUUAAUGUGCUUUGGCGGAAACUCUCUCAGCUGCCACUAUUUGGAGAGUGGAGAUCAUUGUCUAAGUGGGCCCCUCUGAGCCCCAAAGAGGUCAGCUUUCCCAAAUGCUGUGACUUAUUCACUGGCAGGCUCUGACCGGUGACCUGGGCCUGCUAUGGGGGAUGGGGUAGGAGGGUGGUUAGUGAAGGGCCCUAUCCAGCCAAUUGAGGGGGUCGACCUCUGGAUCCUCGAAAUGGAUCCAAUUCCACAUGAGGAACAAAUGUUCCACUGAGCCAGCCUCUGUUUCCUUCAUAUCUUCUAUCCAAUCUGUGAGUUCACAUUUAUUUAAUAAAAACAGAGGCAGAUCAGAAUAUCAGGCUUGCUCUGUAACUUUAAACCUCUUUGGAUGGACCUUAAUCUAUGUGUCAUAAGGCAAUUUUGCUAAUCUUUCUCUUUCUUACAUACAUAAUUGCACAUAUUUCCAUACAUGCUAUGACACACAUAUAUACACUCAUCCCAGUUCUUACACACACACACACACACAUACACACACACACAAACAUACACACACACUUUCUCAUUUCCUAAGUCCCACUUGUACUCCCCGGUGAACAUUAAUAUUUGGUUGUCUUUUGGCUAGCAAAGGUGGCUGCUUUGCUUCCUCUCAUUUGCUCUGUUGCCUUGGCUGUUUUGCACUUUUGUUUGUGCUCCAAAGAAUAUUUCAUAAUGCCUUCAGUACUGACGUACACCUUGAAACAUUUUGUAUGUAUUGGAUGGUUCACACUUCUCUUGUAAAAUAGCAACUAGACUUUUUGUGAAUGUGUUCUUUCCUCUGUAAAUUCCCCCUUCUGCCUUUGUGCACUGUACAUUUUAUAGGGGUAGAUACCCAGGGAAUGAACUCUAGUUUUCUAAUGGAAUAGUAAAGAUAUUAAAUCAUAUAACUCACUGAUUGCCACUAGAAUGCGAUGUAGCCCAGACUUUUUUCUUCAUGGACAUUUUCAGCAUGAAAUAUCCUGUACAUUCAUGUGGAAGGCUACAACAUCUUCAGGGAAGUUCUUUAUGUGAUACUUGGAGAAAUCCUGCCAUCAUAGGAAGAGAGGAUGAUUUUAGACAAGUAUUCAAGUAGACCAUGUGCAUUUUAGUAAAAUGCCAGUAAUUCAACUUG